AUGGUGGUUCAAGCUCGUAGGCGGUGGUGGCAUAUCCAAUGGUUCGCCGAUACCGACACGCCGGAGGAACGCAAGCUCAUCAACAAGUUGGACCUCCUCAUCGUUCCAUACGCGGUAUUGAGUUAUUGGGUCAAGUAUAUUGACCAGGCCAAUCUCAACAACGCCUAUGUCGCUGGACUCAAGGAAGACCUUGGGUUCAAAGGCAAUGAGCUUGUACAGCUUCAGACAUUCUACAUCAUUGGCGCUGUCACUGGGCAGCUACCAAUGAUGUUUAUCCUUACUUAUGUUCCAAUUCAUUGGCUCAUUCCUUUCUUGGACAUUGCUUGGGGUGUUUUCACGCUACUUCAGUUCCGCGUUACCGGCUUUGCUGAGCUUGCUGCAUAUCGGUUCCUCGUUGGAUGGUUCGAGGCCGCCUUUUUUCCGGUCAUGCACUAUCUAUUUGGAUCCUGGUAUCGCGGCGAUGAAAUUGCAAGACGUGGUGGCAUCUUUUAUGUUGGCCUUUCCUUGGGCACGCUCACUGCCGGUCUCAUUCAAGCCGGUGCCUCAUCUCGGCUUGAAGGUGUGAAUGGUCUUGCAGGAUGGCGGUGGAUGUACAUCAUCUGCGCUCUCAUCACCAUUCCCAUUGGUAUUCUGGGCUAUUUCGUCAUCCCAGGUACCCCUGAACAGCCGAACCGCCUAGUUUUGAAGAGAGAAAAUAUCGAGUUGAGCGUAGAAAGACUGAAGCGCGCUGGUCAUUCAUCACAUGGCAAGCUCAGAUUUGGUGCUUUAAAGAAAGUCUUCUUAUCACCACAAUUCUGGGGUAUCAUCCUUGUCGAUGUUUUUUUCUGGAACGCCGGCAUUCAUACAUCUUCCGGAAGCUUCCUGUUGUGGAUCAAGAGUCUCGGUCGGUAUUCCGCUGCAAAGGUCAACGAGCUCGGCACAAUUGCACCUGCACUGGGUAUCUUCUACACAUUGUUCAUCUGCUUCGCUUCAGAUCUUGUUCUGGGCCCGGCAUGGGCUAUCACUCUAUCGCAUGCAUGGAAUAUCAUCGGAUUGAUCAUUCUGGUCAUUUGGAACGUUCCUGAACCUGCUAAGUGGUUCGCUUUCUCAACUAUCUACUCAUCAUACGCGAUGUCAAGCGUCUUCCAUGGAUGGGUGAAUACUCAACUGCGAUCAUCGCCGGCCGAGCGUUCCUUCACUCUGGUUCUUAUCAAUGCAAUAUCUCAGUCUUCUACGGCAUGGACUCCUCUGUUGGUAUUUCCCACUGUUGAGGCCCCUCGGUAUCCCAAAGGCUUUGCGUUCACACUCGGUUCUUCAAUCCUUCUGAUAAUCGCCACUCACAUUUUGCGGAUAUAUUUGAAACGAAAAGAGUAA